AUGGUCGACCAGCCCGAUGCCGUGGUCCAGGAGGACCCAUGGAUGUCCACCCAGGCCCUGGACAGGCUGCUGAAGAUGCCGCUUCCACUGCCCCGGAUUCGCACCCGGCCCUGGUGGUUUCCUGCGCUGGAGCUGAGAGACCCAUUGGUGUUUUACCUGGAGGCAUGUCUGGCUGACCCCAUCUUCGGCAAAAACGGAGCCAUGAUUCCGGAAAUAGAGUGGAUGAACCAGGUCCUGCUGACAGUGGAAAAGGUGAACUCCGGGAGCUUGAUCGAAAUCACUGUUUUCGGACAGCCCCGUGUCCAAAAUAGGGUGAGAAGCGUGCUCCUGAGCCUGGCAGCAAGGCACCGGGAAAACCGUGCCCGAGAUAAGAAGAUAAAACAACUUGAGAAGUUCUUGAAGGCCUAUGGGUCACCUCCCCCGACUCCCCAGUCUGCCGGGUCUCGGUCUCCUGUUGCAUGAUAUUGACAGGAGCAUUAUGAGAACCGACCUGCUCCUGCUCCUGAAGUUCAAAAGAAGCAAGUGUCCUUAAAUCUCAGCUUCUUUCUUUCUUUUGCUGUCUGGAUGGUGGUUUAG